CAUUGAUUUACAUCACAAAUCAAUUCAGUCUCUUCUAAGUUCAAUUUGAUCUCUGAAAAAUGUCUGGCCGUGGAAAGGGAGGCAAGGGUUUGGGAAAGGGAGGAGCAAAACGUCAUCGGAAAGUUCUCCGUGAUAACAUUCAGGGAAUCACGAAGCCGGCGAUAAGGAGGUUGGCGAGAAGAGGUGGAGUGAAGAGAAUCAGUGGAUUGAUCUAUGAAGAAACAAGAGGUGUUUUGAAGAUCUUUUUGGAGAAUGUGAUUCGUGAUUCUGUGACUUACACUGAACAUGCUAGGAGAAAGACUGUUACUGCUAUGGAUGUUGUUUAUGCUUUGAAGAGACAAGGAAGAACUCUUUACGGGUUUGGUGGUUAUAUCACCAAUAUGAAAUGCUUCAUCUUUCAUUUGUUCUGUAAGUGUUUGAAUUUGUUUGCGUUUUGCUAUUCGCUACAAUUAGCUAAACUCUACCUCCAAAGAAUUUCAAAAAUUCAAUCAACCGCCAAAAUUUUCCACCCAAAAAUUAAAAAAUCCCUCCAAAAUUUCCACUAUAUAAACAAACUCUCGCCCCUCCAUUUUCUCUUCACCAUUACUUCUCAAAUCAAUCCAUUCUUCAAAAAAAAAAUGUCUGGCCGUGGAAAGGGAGGCAAGGGUUUAGGAAAGGGCGGAGCAAAACGUCACCGGAAAGUUCUCCGUGACAACAUUCAAGGAAUCACUAAGCCGGCGAUUCGGAGGUUAGCGAGAAGAGGUGGAGUGAAGAGAAUCAGUGGGCUGAUCUAUGAAGAAACAAGAGGUGUUUUGAAGAUCUUUUUGGAGAAUGUGAUUCGUGAUUCGGUUACUUACACUGAACAUGCUCGGAGAAAAACUGUUACUGCUAUGGAUGUUGUUUAUGCUUUGAAGAGACAAGGAAGAACUCUUUAUGGUUUCGGUGGUUAAAAAUGGUGAAUCUUUGAUGUAAUUGACUCAAUUUUCUUAUCAAUGAAAUCUUUCGGAAUGUGGAAUCAUCUUCUUCUU